AAACAGAACGCGAAGUAGUACGUACCAAAGCAUCGUCUCGUCUCCUCCUCUGGCGGAAGAUUGGAUUGCUGAACAGCGCCCCCUGUGGUCUCACUGCUGGCAGUACCGUGGAGUUUAGAACAAGUUCAUUUGAAUAGCAGCAGCGCAAAGAGGAAUAUGGCUUCUCUACCGGCUCUGGAUGCAAACAUUCUUAUUAUUGGAUGUGGGAUUGCAGGGAUCGGUGCUGCACAGAAAUUAAUCAAGCAUGGCUUUAAGAAUGUUCGGAUUAUUGAAGCCACGUCCCGAAGCGGUGGAAGAAUUAAAACAGGAAGACUGGGCAGUAAUGUUGUAGAAAUUGGCGCCAACUGGAUCCAUGGACCAUCACAAGAAAAUCCAGUGUUUCGCUUGGCCUGCCACUACCAAUUGCUUGACAAAGAGAGCAUGUCUGAGGAGAAUCAGUCUGUGGAUGUUGGUGGUCACCCACCUUUUAAUCCUAACUGGUUUUCCAGCGCUGGCAGGAAGCUUGAUCUUAAUGUACUUGGACCUGCAGUGGAGCUUUUUAUGUCCUUAUUUGAGAAGUGCCAGGAGUUCCACAACAGUGGUGGAGAACCUGUUCCUAGUGUGGGGGAGUUUGUUAGGAAAGAGGCUCUCCAGAUCAUUGGUAAAGAGUGGAAGCAGGAUCAGGCUACCAGAGAGCUGAGCCUGGCUCUGUUCAGUAUGAUGCUGAAAUUUGAGUGCUGUGUGAGUGGGACAAACUCGAUGGAUGAUGUUGGUCUUGGAGCUUUUGGCAUGUAUAAGACCUUUCCAGGAUUGGACUGCACCUUUCCAGGAGGAUAUGAAGGCUUAAUUGAGCAUAUGAUGAAUGAACUGCCCAAGGACAUCGUCUUGUUCAAUAAACCAGUUAAGUGCAUUCACUGGAAUAACACCCAGAAACAGUCAAGCUCAAAAGGAAGAACAUGCCCCGUUACUGUUGAAUGCAUUAAUGGAGAGACUUUCAAUGCAGAUCAUGUCAUUGUUACUGUUCCACUGGGCUAUUUGAAGAAGCACCAUGACACACUCUUCGAACCGGUUCUGCCACUGCACAAGCGGCACUCCCUCCAGAGAAUGGGUUUUGGGACCAACAAUAAGAUCUUCCUUGAGUUUGAGCAGCCAUUCUGGGAGGAAGACUGUGAAGCUGUCUAUCUCAUAUGGGAAGACGAGACUGAUCUUGUAGAUGUGGUUUCUGAUGUGAAGGCAGCCUGGACUAGAAAGCUGUUUGGAUUUACUGUCCUGAAACCCACAGAGAGGUUUGGACAUGUUCUUUGUGGAUGGAUUGCUGGACAUGAAUCAGAAUAUAUGGAAACUUUGUCUGAAUUAGAAGUCAUGCAGGAUGUCACUCAGCUUAUUCGCAGAUUUACAGGUAAUCCAACAAUUGCACCAAGGAAGCUUUUAAGGUCCCAGUGGUUCCAUGAGCCCUACACAUGUGGAUCCUACUCAUACCUGGCAAAAGGCUGCUCAGGCCAAGACCUAGACAACCUCACAGAGCCGCUGCCACUGACUGGAUUAAAUGCUGAGCCCUUACAGGUGCUAUUUGCUGGAGAAGCCACACACAGACAUUUCUUCUCUACUGUCCAUGGUGCUUUGCUUGCUGGCUGGAGAGAAGCAGACCGUCUCAUUUUACACUACACUCCUUCAUUAGCUCACAUCACUUCAAAGCUGUAAACUGUGAGUUAGCAUAGGAAAAACACUUGAAUUAAGUACCAUUUUAAUGCCUGAUUUCUGAGGGUUACAUUAAAUCAUUUAUUUAAUCAUUUAUGAUUAUACCUUAUUUUGUGUAUAAAAGCUUAUUACAACAGAUUCCUGAGAUAGCCAUAGAUGCCUAUGCCACCAGCAAGGGAUCAGAAUUGCGAUCUCUUAAUGAUGAGAAGGUAGAAUUGCAUUGUGUUUUUUUCUCCUCUUUGGCUUAGGCAAGGAGACAACAUCCCUCUGCCCCAGCACUUGACCCCUUCCCAAAUGCUCCUUAGACAUGGCCAGUUGUGUCUGUAGAGUGCCUGGCCAGGCCAGUGGCACACCUUAGAUUCAAACUGGGCUAGCACCAGGUAGAAUGUCAAUACAUUGCAUUUUAAUAGAUUUUUAGGCUUUUAUAAAUGUAUGGUUUAAAUUGCCACAUUAAGAGGCUCUAGAUUGAUUUCAAUGUCUAUUUAUGGUAAAAGUAAAACCUGAUUUAACUGGUAAAAUCAGAUUUAUAUUCUUUUGUUCUGAAUGUGUCUCAACUGUUUCCUGUGCUUAGUUUUGUGAUUGAUAAUGAAAUUGUUAUUGAUACAAAUUGAUAGAGACUUCUCUUUAAUUUCCUUCAGGAUCAAUAAAGUAUCUAUCUAUCUAUCUGUCUGUCUGUCUAUCUAUGUGUAUAUCUAUCUAUCUACCUACCUACAUUAGUCAUGGCUCUGAGGCCUGUCAUAAGCUGUGCUCAUCCUUUUUGUUAUGUUUGAUAAUUCCCAUUUGCAAAAACAAAUGGAUUUAAAAAUCGUAGAGAAUAAACUAUUUAUAUAAAUUU